AAUCACUUCCCGUUUCCUUUAGGAGUAACUUUAGAAUGACUGUAUUCCGGCAGUCAAAGCGAAAAUCUGAGCCGACAUGGCCUUUAUUAUUCGCCAGAUUCGCCAAUUUCUAAUUGUCUUAUGUCUGAUCGUCUUCGAAGUUCACAAGGAUGCAGGUACACAAGCUUCCAGUGGAGGUUGUUCCCCACCUGACUUUGGUAUGGCAAGAGGUAUUAUUCCGGACAAGGAUAUCACAGCUUCAUCAGCACAGAAUUCUGAUUCACUUCCUCACCAUGCACGGUUAAGCAACAGCAAAGCAUGGGUUCCUGAUAAAAAGGAUAGAAAUCCAUGGAUACAAGUGGAUUUACAGUAUUCAAGAAACAUCACUGCCAUUGCUACACAAGGCUUUUCUGGCUCCUAUGUUACCCGCUAUUAUGUGAGUUUCAGUUCUGAUGGAAACAACUGGAACAACUAUACAGAGCAAGGAAAAGUUAAGGUGUUUCAAGCCAAUGUAAAUGAUAGUAAAAUCAAAACAGUCCUUUUCAGACCUUCUCAUGUAGCACAGUACAUAAGAUUAAACCCCACAAACUGCUCAAACACUUGUGCCCUCAGAUUUGAGCUUUAUGGGUGCAAUCUGACAACAGGCUCUCCUGGCCAGCCAUCCUCACCCUCUGCAGAUUCUGUUUUAUCAAAGAAAAUUGUCAUCUCAUGGAGUGCACCUACUGAUGUAGGGGAUGGAAUAACUGGGUAUGUUGUUAGGUGGCAGAUUGCUGGAAAAGCUGACUAUCAAGGAAAAGUAGUUACAGGGAGCAGAUCUGCAACACUUGAUAAACUAACACCCUACACUUUGUAUGACAUCCAAGUGAGAGCAGAAAAUGAUAAGGGACAUGGCCCUUGGUCAGCCUCACUGAAAGUGAGAACGCAAGAGUCCAGUGAGUACUGACAUUAAUCUCUAUAACAAGGUUCACACCCUUACUGAACCAGUUCCCUCCUAAGAUCCUAUUAGGAGUUCUCCUUACUCAGGCCGGGCUACAUAGACACUAACUUUUCAAAUUACUCAGUAGCCAACUGGCCAGUGACAGCUUAGAUCUUAGAACAAUUUCAGUUUGUUUACUAGCCAAACUGGCCAUAGGAAAUUGAAAACCACUCGCCAAAACUGAAUUACUGGUCUGUGGUUAGUUAGCUACUGUAAUAGUGUUGAGCCCUGCUUACUAUCUAACAUCCAGUUCUUGUGAUGUUAGCUCAGAGAUUUGAUAUUGAAUCAACUAAAUCAUCCCCUAAUUAAUGUUAUUCUCUUAUCCUCUUCACUUGUCUGGAAAGUACAACCGCCUCCCGGUUAGCUCAAUGGAUAGAGCGCUGGACUGAUGUGUGGGAAGUCGAGGGUU